AUGCUAAACUUUUCAAAGAACUAUACCACAUACAAAAGUCUCCAUAAGGGCCCCUCCCCUGUAGUGCAAUCAACAUAUACAACUGAUGGUAGAGGGCACUGGUUUCCACUCACUUGUCGACCAAGACAAAGAACUGUUAUAGUCAUUCCAUUUAGAGACAGAGAUGACCAUCUUAAAAUAUUUCUUGAUCAUUAUGUUCCAAUUCUUCAAAGACAGCUGUUAGAUUACACCAUCCUUGUUGUUGAACAGCGGGAUUUCACUCGCAGAUUCAACAAGGGGGUAAUGUUUAAUGCUGGCUACAAAACAGCUCUCUCCAUGAUUGACGACAAUCAAGCUCCUCUAUGUUUAAUACUGCAUGACAUUGACCUACUCUUAGAGAAUGAUCUACUGACUUAUGAGUGCUCGCAACAUCCAACUCACCUCUCUGUUGGAAUUGAUACAAUGCAAUAUCGCAUGCCUUAUACUCUGCUGUUUGGUGGUGUGGUUGCUAUAUUUGGGGAGCAGUUUAACAUAUCAAAUGGCUUUAGUAACCUUUUCUUUGGUUGGGGUGGUGAGGAUGAUGACUUCAGAGGAAGACUAGGAAAAGCUGGCUUAUCUCCAGUACAUUAUGAAAAUCGUUCUAUCGCUCGUUAUUCUAUGAUAAUCCACUAUCCAGCCGUAAGAAAUGAAGUCAGUUUUGGUCGUAUCCAAAAAAAUCAUAAGUCAGAUCGUGUUGCAGUUACGAAAGAAAUAAUAGUGGAACAAAGAAACUGUUCAACACUCGAACAAAAAUUUGUCGGUAUGCUAAACUUUUCAAAGAACUAUACCACAUACAAAAGUCUCCAUAAGGGCCCCUCCCCUGUAGUGCAAUCAACAUAUACAACUGAUGGUAGGGGGCGCUGGUUUCCACUCACUUGUCGACCAAGACAAAGAACAAUUAUAGUCAUUCCAUUUAGAGAUCGAGAUGAGCAUCUUAAAAUAUUUCUUGAUCAUUAUGUUCCAAUUCUUCAAAGACAGCUGUUAGAUUACACCAUCCUUGUUGUUGAACAGGAUUCCACUCAAAGAUUCAACAGGGGAGCUAUGUUCAAUGUCGGCCACAAAACAGCUCUCUCCAUGACCGAUGAGGAUCAAGCUCCUCUAUGUUUCAUACUGCAUGACAUUGAUCUACUCUUAGAGAAUGAUCGGCUGACUUAUGAGUGCUCGCAACAUCCAACUCACCUCUCUGUUGGAGUUGAUACAUUCGAAUAUCGCUUGCCUUAUACUUACCUGUUUGGUGGUGUGGUUGCUAUAUUUGGGGAGCAGUUUAACAUAUCAAAUGGCUUUAGUAACCUUUUCUUUGGUUGGGGUGGUGAGGAUGAUGACUUCAGAGCAAGACUAGUUGAAGCUGGCUUAUUUCCAGUACAACAUGAAAAUGGUUCUAUCGCUCGUUAUUCUAUGAUAACCCAUGACCAAGUUGAAAAAAAUGAAGCCAGGGUUGAUCUUUGGUCAACUGGACCAGAAAGAUUCCACUGUGACGGACUCAAUUCAGUAGAAUAUAAAGUAGACAGCAUACACUAUAAGGAACAUUAUGUCCUCAUUAAAAUUGACAUGCCUACAGAUCUCAAGACAUCAAGCAUGUGCCUGGACUGUUUCUCAGGAGGAUUGAAGACAAAGACAAUACAGAAAGCUGUUAAUACUAGUACUGUUAAUAAUACUGUUAAUAGUGUUAAUAAUACUGUUAAUAGUACUGUUAAUAACACUGUUAAUAGUACUGUUAAUAUAACUGUGUCUGAAAUAUGCAAAAUGACAUAGUAUCUGGCAUGUGCCUGAAAUGUGCUUGAAAAUUCAUGCUAAAAAUAACAUGGCAAGGCACUAGAUGUGUCUACUUACAAUCUUCAAAGAAACUCAUUAUUAUUAAACGGACUAAUGUUGAAAAUGAGAGGGCUUUGCAAUAUCUCUACCAAACUUGGGACAAAAAAUUGAAAACUAUGGGUGUAUGAAAUAAACAAUUUACGGUUUAAAGUUUCCAAU